GUACAUGUUUAUGAAGAAGACCCCACGUGGUCAAAAUAAAGUUCAAGGAAUAAUUAUAGUGAUGUCUUCACAAACCCCUAGAGGAGUGAAGAGAGUGAGGGUGGUGUCCAAGACAGAGGAUAAUAGCAGCAGCAAGGAUGAGCUGCAGAAGGUUUCCAAGAAGCGUUUAAAGGCAGCUCCUACCAGCAUUCCUACACCAACCCCAGCUGCUGUAGCAAAGCCUACUAUUGUUGCUAGGAAGCUUUCAACUGAUUCUCCAGCUGCUGCAACUCUGGGCAGUCUACCGCUGCACGGUGAGGAGUUGCCUGCAGGAGGGUUCAGUUAUAUUCCCACCAGCACCAAGCUCACAUGUGACAAGAUCAGAGAGGUCCUCGGCAAGAUUAGGGACCUAAAUGGAGACGAAACGUUUGAGUCCGAGGUGGAGACUCACAAACGGAAGGUGGUGGUCUUGUUCUCGUACCUCAAGAAGCUCAACCGACUGUCCCACCUCUAUUGCAAGGACUCCAGAGAGCAGACCCACGAGCAAAAGCUGGAAGUGGACGACCUCCACCUACAGCUGCAAAACCUCAAGUACGAGGCCACCUACCUGAAUAAGGAGAUUACCAAUUGCCUGGAGUUCAAGUCUCAGCAUGAAGACAUUGAGCUGGUGUCAGAGGAAGAUAUGUACUCACAUGCACCGGAAACAGUCUCCAAACCAGAAGUGAGUCAUGAUGACGAGCACCAAAAGAUGCUCAGCAGACUGCACUGGGAAAUGGAGGAGAGGAAAAGUCUGGCCAAACAACAGUCAGUUUUAGAGGGUGAGAUUGGGCAGCUGGAGACAGAGAUCUCGUCUAUAGAGACACGCUUGGGUGGACUCCUCCCCUCACUAGAGGAGCUGCGUCGAGCCACCCUCCCCCUACAAGAGAGUCUGGGCGUGACCAUCGACAAAGAUCGGGAAGAGAGGGAGCUUGCACUGCUGUUACCAAGGGUUCUGUACGUGUUGUUCACUCAGGCCAAAGCUUACGCUCAAGUGCAAGACUCUUCACUGACAGUGAGUAUUGAGGGUGACUUGGGGGAGGCAAAAGCAUUUCUGGCUAGCAAGGACAAGGAGCAAAGUGAUGAUGACAGUGGAGACUCUGAUGGAGAGGGCAGGGAGGAGGGAGGAGGUAGGAGGAAGAAGCGUCGCAAGAGGUCAAAGGGCAAUCGAGAGAAGAAAGACCUGUCUAAGGCGUACUCACUAGCUGUUGUUCUCACAUUCUCGAUCAAAGAUAUCGGUUCUUUCCAAGUCACCAUUAACUACCUCCCCUACUUUACUGCUGUGUGUGCCUCCGUCACGAACCUCACGUUCCACUCGGUCAAAGAGCCACCCCUCCACGAAGGCUCCGCCCUCCUCUUCUGUCUCACGGACGGGGAUACUGGACGGACCUCUCCGAAUUCAAUCGUUAGGUUAAAUAUUCGCAAACACGGUGGGGACAUUUUCUCCGCGGCUGUACGUCAAAACGGUUUUCCUUACAAGUGGGUGCAAAAGGUAUGUGGUGUGAGCGACCAAUCGGAUUCACCAGCUCCGAGCAUGCCCAGUAGUGAAGAAAUGGCCGUCGAUAAGGAGCCUCAAGAGUUUCAGUGGUUAAAUGACCCCCAAAUGGAAUUGUGUGCUCAACAUCUGGAGAAUAUCAUCAAAUCUCUGAAGAGACGGUUUAGAGCCCAGUUCCACCUUGUCUCUCAGGUGACGUCCCUCGGCAAAGAUGAUCACAAGAUAGCAGUAGGACCAGAGGAUGAGCAACUGUUCCAUGGCAACCCGGCAUCACAACUCACAAAGUGGACAACUCUCUCUCAUCUUGAAGUCAAGACGUUCCUGCCAACAGUACCCAGCCUGGCAGUGCUCAAUAUUCAGGAGAGGACAAACAGAUUCUUCCUCUUCACUUUGCAGCUAGAGCAAGCUCGCCUCGUUGGUAUUGUGAGUGUGGGUGUGGCCUACCCUACCACACCCCCUUGUUUUGCCAUCAAGAUUGAGGACAACGACACAACAGAGUCAGGCAACAUUCAAACCAAGAACAUAGAGGUUGAGGUGAACAUGAAUUUCCCUAAUUCUCUUGCCGGGGACAAAUAUGGUCGAUACCUCUUGUGCCGGCAGAUACGCAGACUUCAGGAAUGUUUUGAGUUGUACAUAGCUCACAAGCGGUCGUCGGGAAGAGUGGCAAAGAUGCAGUGUUCAGUCAGGGGCAAGGGAAGAUUACUCAAACUGUCGGACACAUGAAUAUUUAUACUCUCAAAUAGAUCGAACUUAACUACAGUACUAGCUCAUACGAAAUUCUUGUUGUUUAUAUCGUCUUCUCUGCCCCCCUUCA